GUCCCUGCCUGCCUGCCUGCCAGCUGCGCGUCUUCUCCGCCCAGCGCGCCACGAUGGGGAUCCUGGAGAAGAUCGCGGAGAUCGAGAAGGAGAUCGCCCGGACCCAGAAGAACAAAGCUACUGAGUACCACCUUGGCCUGCUGAAGGCGAAACUUGCAAAGUACAGGGCUCAGCUUCUAGAGCCUUCAAAAUCGGCUGCGGCCAAAGGCGAAGGCUUUGAUGUGAUGAAAUCUGGAGAUGCCCGGGUGGCAUUAAUUGGUUUCCCCUCUGUGGGUAAGUCCACUUUCCUCAGUUUAAUGACUUCCACGGCCAGCGAGGCGGCUUCGUAUGAAUUCACCACGUUAACGUGUAUCCCUGGAGUCAUUGAGUACAAAGGAGCCAACAUCCAACUUCUCGAUCUGCCUGGGAUUAUUGAAGGAGCCGCUCAAGGGAAAGGCCGAGGGCGCCAGGUGAUCGCUGUGGCCCGGACUUCAGAUGUCGUCAUCAUGAUGCUGGAUGCCACAAAGGGGGAAGUGCAGAGGGCUCUGUUAGAAAAGGAACUGGAAUCAGUGGGCAUCCGGCUGAACAAAUACAAGCCCAACAUCUACUUCAAGCCCAAGAAGGGAGGAGGCAUCUCCUUCAACUCCACCGUGAUGCUGACCCAGUGCUCCGAGAAGCUGGUGCAGCUCAUCCUCCACGAAUACAAAAUCUUCAAUGCAGAGGUUCUCUUCCGAGAAGACUGCACACCUGAUGAGUUCAUUGACGUGAUUGUCGGCAACCGCGUCUACAUGCCCUGCCUUUAUGUUUAUAACAAAGUCGAUCAGAUCUCCAUGGAGGAGGUCGAUCGCCUGGCUCGGAAGCCCCACAGCGUUGUGAUCAGCUGCGGCAUGAAGUUGAACCUGGACUACCUGCUGGAGAUGCUGUGGGAAUACCUGGCCCUUACCUGUAUCUUCACUAAGAAAAGAGGCCAGAGACCAGAUUUCUCGGAUGCCAUCAUUCUGCGGAAAGGGGCCUCUGUGGAGCAUGUGUGCCAUCGGAUUCACCGGACGUUAGCCAGCCAAUUCAAGUACGCCUUGGUUUGGGGAACCAGCACCAAAUACAGCCCCCAGCGGGUAGGACUCAACCACUUGAUGGAGCACGAAGACGUCAUCCAAGUAGUCAAGAAAUAAGGCCGCCGAGCCGGCGAUCGCUCGUGCCUCGUCCUGUCCCACUCCAGCGCGACUUGAGUAUUAAAAAAGGGUGUGGGGGACUCCGGACAUGCUUGCAAGUCAGGGACGUGGACAAGAAGAGGUCCUUGUUUUACACGGCAGCGUGGUUUGAGUGGCACUUUUUCAGUAGCACGGCCCUGGGUGCCUUUGGGAGGCUUUGGUGUGCGGGGAGACGGCUUGUGACUUAACGGCUACCAAGUCCCAGCUACCCAGAAAAGUGGCCCUGGGAUGCGUGAGUCGAUGUCCGUGGAGGCCGGCCGUCCCAUCCUUCCUUCUUUCUUUCCCCCUUCCGUGUGGGUCGUACUGCGACUGGAACAAACAGCCCAUCUUUUUCCCCAAUUCAAAAAUCAGUACUCCAAUCUCGGCACAGACCGGACACUGUCAAAAGCAAACACACACACACACACACACCCCGCGGAAAGCAAGGGCUCGUUAACGCGUGGAUCCGCCCGUCACGUCUGCAGAGUGACCCAUGGAGCUUCACUUCCGUGGGGGCCACGGAAGCCAGGCCGUGCCUCUUCCUCCCGGAUUGCCUGUUUGGCAAGGCACCAACGCAGCAAGCGCCGCUCGGAUGCUGCACGUCUACCGGACGUGCUUUUGCUCUUUCUGUCUCCAGACCCACCGAAAGCCACGUGCCCUUUGAUUGAAAUAAAAGAAUGGAUCCUA